AUGACGCAAACAAAGCCUCAUCGCUGGGAAACGUGUGAAAAGCCCGGGCGCGAGGGAAAAACUCGCUACUGUGACAUCUUGUCCGCCGGUCCUCGGACUCUGCCUACAAUGAUAGCCACUCUGAAAGAUCUUCACGCCGACCUUGCACGCAAGUUCCAACGCCAGGGUCCUUUGAUUGAGCAGACAUGGCGAUCUCUCCAGCAGAGACAACGCGAAACGAUUGUAAGAGACGGUUCCCUUGAUGGGGUAGUCCUGAAGCACCCGGACGACACCAGCAUGGGAGCUGUGUACAAGAUCUUGCCAGAGUGGAACAUGCGCGACCUGACUGCGCCCUCGUCCGACUUCCUCCUCAAUUUGUUGCGACAUCGAGCAACCACUUCCUUACAGGAUCAGUAUGCCAGUGGCGUCAACGGCAGCGCAGGAGACUACGAGCAUAUAGUCGCCAUGAUCAAGGAGAAAUAUGGGCAAACCUUCGCGACCACACCAGGAAACAAGAGAGAGGUUGUGGCAAGCCUUAGAUCUGCAUUCCAAGCUGGAUUGAUCGUUCCACAAUCCACCGGCGAGUUGAUCAUGAUGCGACAAUUAUAUAUACUCCAAGCCCUCAACAUCACCUUCGAAGACAUACUCGACGUUGGAUCUACCACGCGAACUGCAAAGGGCCCGACGCCACGCCCCGCUGAGAAUGCGACGACAGCGUUGGCUAAACUAUCGGUUCAUUCGCCGCCCACCAAGACUGAACUUCCUGGCCUGGCUGAAAGUGCUAUCGAUCAACAGGUGUCGUUGGAGGACUAUAUUGAUCUGGUAUCCACGGAGCCAACGAUCCUUGCCUACGAGGUCAACCUUUGGUAUUACACGCGACCAGAGCUUGUAGCUGACGAUAGAGGACGAAUUCUGCCAGCGAUCCUGGACAAGUUUAUCAGCGGGGCCUUCUUCGACGCCGUUCGAACGGUGGUGAGGAACGCUUGUGUGUGGAAGUACAUGGCGUGCCUCUUGCGAAUGCUUGGCAUUUCCCACGACAGGCAAUUCCGAGCGAUCAUCUUGCAGGAACUUUCUAAAGUGUGCGCCAUGGAGUACACGCGUGCUCGAGAUACGUUCAAGCGAUAUGUGUCCACGGGCACAGGUGGGGGUAGGUGGUUCAGGCGUGCUACGAACGCGAAAAACUACGACAAAGUUCGUGUGGGCUUGAAAUGUAGUCCCGAAUCCUUGACGGUGGAGAAUCCGCAAUUGCAUUACAUGCUUCGUCUCUGUCAAGAAGAGACGACGUGGACCAAGUCCGCUGAUUGGCUGCAGAAGCUGACCGACCUUCAUCGCGUCCAUCCACUCGAACAGGGAAAAAUGUUGAAGCAGGAAUUUGAUUCCCUCGGCGAUCUUGCCAUCAUUGUGACUUUCAUUCAGUGUCUCUCUGGCGUCGUCAAUCUACCGACAAUCAGCAAGAAAGGGCAGUCGUCGUUUGUGUCUAGAGUCGAGAGUCUUGACAGUCGACUGGAAUCAAUCAAGGCAGGAUUGCCAUGCGGGCCCCAGUAG